AUGCGAGCCCAGCCUUUUUCCCAAAAAGUCGAUAAAAUUACAAGACAAUAUCGAAAGGCUACACUCAUAUUAAAUAUUAUUAAAAGUAAAUUUAAAAUGUUUAUGACUAAAAUCGACAACAACGCUGAAGAAGACGAAAAAGAAAUAAUAUUGAAAAAUGAUUUAAGUGGCACAUCCUCAUCAUCUGAUUGCUUACAUGUUUCCAUAGUUAUACCGAAUACAAAAGAAUUUUCGCGUUCCUAUACGUUUAAUAAUAAUAAUAAAUUUUAUAAUGAUUUUAAUGUCAAUGAAAUAGAUCAACAUUUAUUACCAUGGGUACCAUCUCGUACAUUAACAAAGGCUCAUCAACAAUUUCAGACUAAUGUUAUAUUAAGAAAUAAACUGGAAAAGUUAUCGUUUAGUGUUGGUAAAGGUAUCUUUGCUUAUAGUGAACCAACUGGCUGUUACGAUUUUACGGCAUAUCGUAUAACACCACUUUUGGAUAAAUUAUCGUCACGACCAUAUUAUAUAUGUGCAACUAGUUAUCAUCCAUAUGUAAAAGCAAUUACAUCUGGUACAAUAGUAAGACAAUGUCUUUCAUGUCCAUCAAUAAGUAUAAUUCUUGAUAAAAAUUCAAUUCAGUUUGAUGUAUGGGGUUUGGAGGAGAAACACGUUUUAAACGAAUUAUUUUCGAAACCGGAUUAUGUGCCGAAUACACAACAUCCAGCAACAAAAGAAAACUUAAAGGUGGAACCAUGGAGUCAUAUAAAUGAUUUUCUAUUUAUUAAAGUUUAUGAUAACACUGAACAAUUAUAUUUGACACCAUCGAACGAUAAUAUGAAUCCAUCUGAAACAUUAGCAUUAAUUGGUUAUGCAAGUGGAGUUGAAAACGUUUAUAAAUAUCAUCAUCAAAAAAGAAAUGUUAAAACAGAAAUAGAAAAAAUGCAACUAAAAUUAGAUGUACAAGAAAGUUUUGGCGGAUGGGAAAGGAAAUUUGUUAGUGUUGGUGAAAUUUUAGAUAUUGAUGAUGUCAUACAGUGGCGAAUUCGCCCACAUAACGCAUCAUCCGAAGUUGGUGGAUCAGGGGCAAGUAUAAUAAGUUUAAAUCAAUUAGAUCAAUUAUCUGAAGGUGAGUAA